AUGGGCAAAGAUUAUUAUGCCAUACUCGGGGUUCCCAAGACUGCUAACACCAAAGACCUGAAGAAAGCAUUCAGGAAAGGGGCAAUGCAAUGGCACCCGGACAAACAUACGGAGCCAGCUGCAAAAGCGAAAGCCGAAGAAAAGUUUAAGGAUAUAGCUGAGGCAUACGAUGUCUUGAGUGACCCCAAGAAGAAGGAGAUUUAUGAUCAGGUGGGAGAAGAGGGACUGAAGAAUGGUGGUGCCCCAACCGGCGGAUUUGGCCCUGGCGUGAAUGCUAGAUUUACCACUCACUAUACUGGAGUUGAUGCCUCCGAUAUAUUCUCCAGGUUCUUCGGAAACAAUGCGAAUUUCUUUGACGAUGAGUGGGGGUUCGCAACCGACCGGAGAAAGAACGGUCGUCAGCAGACUCCAGACAGCCAGAACAACGAGAUAGAGCUGUCAGUUAGCCUGGAAGAUGUGUACAAGGGAGCAACGAAGCGGAUGAAAGUAAAUCGCGCGCGAUUCACUACCCAGGGUAUCCGUCGAGACGAAGACACGAUAUUGAACAUUGAUGUCAAACCCGGCUGGAAGGACGGUACCAAAAUUACGUUUAACGGGGAGGGUCAGCAGGAUAGCCCACAUCAGAAGCCCGGCAACCUAAUAUUCCUCUUGCGAAUUGUCCCGCACCCGCGGUUCAGCAGGCAGGACGACCAUCUUAUCUACACUGCUAAGAUUUCUUUGAGGGACUGUUUUAUCGGCACCACCGUGGAGAUAGACACUCUCGAUGGUCGCAAGCUCAGAGUGGAUGCCCCUUCGAUCAUUACCCCCAAAACACGCCGAGUUAUCGCCAGAGAAGGAAUGCCAUGCCAGAAAACAACCGGAAGAAGAGGCGACCUAAUCGUCGAAUUCGAAAUCGUAUUCCCCACGUAA